UGAUUAUGACGCGGGACAGUGAAAGCCGCGAGGAAGCUGUCUCGCCGAUGCCGCCUUAUCUUUGCACGAUAGCUAGCUGUUUGUGACGGUAUGUUGUUAACAUAAGGUAUAAGGGCCUUGACCCUGAAUGUUUGCUUAAGUUUUUCAGAUAAGUCCCUCUUCUCUCUUUCAUUAUUAUUCUUUAUUCCAUAGAUCAUCAUGGUUGUUUGGCAGCGAAGGCUCAGUUCAAAUGGAUGAUGUACUGCUGUUGUUGACUGAUUGAUUAGUUUUCAGCUAAACGUGGACUCGUCAAUUGACUUUGCAUCGGGAGGAUUGACAUUGGAGCUCUUAUCUUUACGCUAGUUCAAACUGCCUCCAUCACCCCUGGAUAAUGUCAAGGUGUGUAAUGUAACAAAACAGUUUAUGGAAGACACCAUGUUGGACCGCCCCCCGAAUGUCUUGUGCUCUGCGGUAUCUUACCCGGGUUACAAAACAUCGGAUCCACUUUUCCACGACCUAAUCCAAGACCUAUAGCCGAAGGCGAAUCAAGGGAGGAAGAAGUUGUCAGUGGGCUAAAAUCGCCGAACAAACUCUUCUACAACCAAGUUCAUUAAGCUGGUGAUCCUUUCGAGGAAAACCUUAUUCUCAGAUAAUUACUGCGUCGUUUAGGCUUCUACUUUCUAUGCACGAUGGAACAACCGUUAUUUUCCUGUGCAAAGUGUUUUCGAAACUUCCCUCAGUCCGAAAUGUCACGUACUGGACAGACAUGCAAGAGUUGCAAUCCCCAUCACUCCACCUUCAAACAGUGUGAAUACUGCAAAGCGGACUUCAAGUAUUACAUUUAUGGAGUGAUUUGCCCCAGAUGUCAAUCACUUAAGAGUAAAUAUGGUGAACCGCAACCUUGUUCUAUAUGUCGAUUGAAGACUGCUUUCGGAAACGCUUUGGUAUGCCAACGUUGUCUUCAUUACCGGAUGAGAUUCGGCGAACCGCGCGAAUGUCAAAGCUGUGGUCAAGUGUGCGCCUUUUUAAAAGAUGAGGCCAGCAGACAGAAAGUAGACGGGCAAGUUCUCUGCUGGGUUUGCACUUACAAUUUCAAGCUUGCUCGCUCCCGUGAGCGUUCAGAUCACGGCAUCAACAAGCGCCGCAGCGAUGACAUUGACCAAAGCCGUUCGAAGAACGAACGCAUCAUUGAAAGUCAACAGAAGCGGACCCGACCUGAUGGGUACAUGACCCCGACAUCUGAACCCACUGCACCUGAGACACAGAAGCAUUCUUCAAUCAGUGUUCAAAACAUUGAUUCUGUGUACAAUGAACACAUACUGACCAUUAGCCAGUUACAAGACGAUGUGAAGAACUUGAAACGACAACUGGCUAUCAAGGACGCCGAUUUAUUGUCAAAGGACAGAACAAUCGCGGAGCUUAAAUCUGAAAUGAUCGACAUGAAGUCAUCUUUUGAUGACCGCUUGAUGAAAGCCAAGGCGGCUGCGCAAUUAGAACAAGACCGACUAAUGGCAGUCAUCAAACAAUUACAAAAGGAAAAAAUCGCUAUCAGCCAAGAGAUGCGAAAGCGCAAAAGUGGCGUCAGUUCUUACGGCACUCCGUCAACAUUGCGGCAUUCUUCCUCUUCGGUGGCGCUCUUCAAUCCCGAUUCACCAAUCAUAGUCGCAUCCGGGCGUGGCCGCAAGCAUAAGCCACAGUCAUCAGAAAACCCAGGUCCUUCUGAAAACCCUGGAAAGAAUCCGCUGAAAAGUGACGAUUCCAGUAAGCCAAUUGAACAGUACAUCACUUGUGAAUCGUCCGACCGCGCUCCACGCGAUCCCGAAUCAGGAGCGGUGAAGUGUUCGGAAACGCACAGCGAGGACUCCCGUUCUCCGACACAAGAUCGUGUCCCAGCUUCUCCAGAGAACACCAGAAAUUCUUCGUCCAGUAUUCCCUCUGAUGAAGAUAUUCCCAGUCCGCAACAGGAUGGAUGGUAGCACUUCGCAGUCUCAACCAUUGAUGCGUUACGAUAACGCCGGUGAAUCGUCUGCUCUUUUAGACCGACUGACGUGUGGAAGCAUUUUACCCAUUCACCGAUACAUCGCAGAUCUCCAUUUGACCCAACUGUCGCAGCAUUGUGGUCACCUAACGUAAAUACUGCAUUCGCCUGUUCAUUCGGUUUCUGAUACGAACUCAUUGUUGCGCCUGACUUCUUUAUAUCCGGAUAGCAUGCAAUACAUAACUAUGGUUGUGCGAGAUUCCAUGAGCAUCUCGAUUCUGGCACUGGUGACUCCGUUGUGCACACUGCAGCUGCACGUUAGCUCCGUUAAGAAUCCACUACAGGCUACUCCCGCUGUGAUUAACAUCUUGACUAAUUCCCUAAGCCCUGCCGUGCUACUAUAAACUGAUCAACGGAGAUUUUAAGUUGCCUGAUAUCCAUUGGGCUAUCUUAGUAGGACCUUCAAAAUACCGUCAAUUUCUGACCGAUAUAAUUGCAAAUGAAUGGCCACAGUAUAUACAUGUAAAUACAGUUACAAUAGUAUCCUCG